AUGGGCGUGCCUGGAGAUAUGAAUCUGGAAUUAUUGGACUAUGUGAAAGAAGUACCAGGACUGAAAUGGAUCGGAAACGCAAACGAGUUGAAUGCCGCCUAUGCCGCCGAUGGGUAUGCUCGUAUUAAAGGCUGUCCGGGAGUCCUUGUAACGACCAUGGGCGUUGGCGAAUUGUCGGCGAUCAAUGGCAUUGGUGGAGCGUACACCGAGCAAGUCAAAGUUAUUCAUGUCGUCGGCACAACACCAAGGGCAGCGCAAGAAAAGCGUCUCAUGAUCCACCACUGCAUGGGACCGAAUCCGGAUCAUAAAAUCUACGAAAAGAUGUCCGCCCCAGUUCGGUGUGCACAUGCAUGGCUAGACGACGAGAAGACCGUACUGAGUGAGAUUGAUCGAGUCAUUCGUCAAUGCUGGAUCGACUCAUUACCGGUGUAUCUGUUCGUGCCAAUGGACAUGGUCCGCUUACCCGUUUCAAUCGCGGCGUUGAAUACCUCUGUAGACAUAUCGCAUCCCGUCAAUGUCGUGAACGAGGACUCGACCGUACAAAAGAUCAAGGACGCCGUCGUGCGGGCUAAGAGACCGGUCGUACUUGUCGACUGCCUCACAGCUCGACAUGAAGCAACAAAGGAGGCAAGAGAGCUUUGCGACCUGCUUGAUCUGCCGAUUUUCACGACCCCGAUGGGAAAGACGAUCGUCGACGAAACUCACUCUCGGUAUUGUGGUGUCUACAACGGCAGCGUCUCAUAUCCGGGCAUCAAGGAGGAGGUAGAGGGGAGUGACUGUGUCCUCAACUUGGGACCAUUACUCUCUGACAGUAAUAGUGGCGGACAUACGCGGCAGAUCGAUCCAAAACAUGUCAUUCUCAUCGAGCCAGCUGGCUGCACGGUAUUCGGAGAACAAGCCAAAGACGUUUAUUUGCGGCCGCUGCUUUGCAAAUUGCUGGUCGCACUCAAGGACGCGCAACUUCCAAAGCGGCCGAACCCGACGCUACCACCGCUGCCGCAAGGUCCAGACAAAACAGCGCCGCAAGUCAGGCAAAAUUAUAUCUGGAAAAGGAUAGGACGGUUCUCCCGUCCAGGAGACAUUGUCAUCGGCGAAUGCGGAACAGCACAGUUCGGGCUCUCCGAAGCCACGUUUGCUUCCAAAGCUACCUACGUCACGCAGUUAUACUACGGAAGUAUCGGUUACUCUGUGCCUUGUUGUCUUGGCGCGGGCCUGGCACAGAGCGAGAUGCAGAGUGAGGGCAAAGUGGCUUCGGGUGGACGGCUGAUACUUGUCGUUGGUGAUGGCAGCCUGCAGUUGACAGUUCAGGAGAUUGGCACGAUCAUUAAACAAGGAUUGAAGCCUAUCAUUUUCCUGAUCAACAACGAUGGCUACACGAUCGAGCGGGCCAUUCAUGGACCAGACGAAGCUUACAACGACAUCACGACCUGGGACCAUCGCCACAUGCUGCAAUUCCUUGGUGCCAGGGACGGCGCCCAAUGCACUCGACAGGUACGUACGAAAGAGGAGAUGGAGACGGUUCUCGAUUCGGCCGAGUUUGUAGACAAGGCUCCCAGUCACAUCCAGCUUCUAGAAGUGUUCAUGGACAGGUUGGAUAUCCCCUGGCGACUCGCAAAGCAGAUCGAAAUCGUCAAUGAGCGGAUGAGAAAGGAAGAUCCCGUCUUGAUUGGUCGUAACGAAGUGUAGGGCCAUUCGUUGUCACCUUAAGAUUAUUGCCUAAACAGGCAGGCCAGACUACCUGAUUAGGCAAUAAUUUUUACUUUUCAUGAUCCAACGGUACAAUUGUUAUCACAGUCGGGGACAAAAUUCUGCGGACGGAGAGAGUAUCUGGCGCAAUCGCAUCAGCA